CCUCCCGCGAGCACUCGACCGGCCCCGCCCACGCGCACCGGACCCACGGCAGACCACUUGCAGCACUUCGCACACUUGGCCGACGCAACAUCCCACCCUCCAGAUACGCGCAUCUUUUAGAUUUGUCAACCAAAAGAAGUAAGAGGGGAGUCACUUUCAGAAGACAGAACUUCAGGGCACGGUGAAUUUCAGUAUUAUAUUAACACAGGCCAACUAGAUACGAGUAGCUGUGCCAAUCGCCACUUCGAAGCUCUCCGAAAAUUCUAAACUCCUAGUUAAAUUUUAGAGCCAAAGCACCAACGGCAAGGCUUAGAAGUGUGUGGGUCUGAAAAGCAAACUCAAAUUUUCCGUCAGAAGUCAGCAAUGUCUAGCGUGGCGACAAUGGUGCUCGUGACAGUGGCGGUGCUGGCGCGCCUGCAGCUGGCCUGGGGCGCGCCCCGCUCUGUGGCUGGCUCCACCUCUGACGGCGAAGGCCCGCGGACGGACGCGGAGCUGCUGCGGCAGGCGUCUGCCGCGGCCAGCCUGCACGAGCGCUCGCUGCGCCACUUCGUCUCUCCGAGGACCCGCCGAGCCAUCCAUCAUCACGCCAGUCUCAAGCAUCACCGGCCGGUGCUGGCGCGCGACGCCGGGGAGCUGGCGCUGUGCAAGUACGCGGUGCACGUGGACGCUGAGGACGAGGGCAGCACGGAGGAGGGCGUGGCGUGGCGCCGCGUGCCCGCCACCAUCACCGAGAUCGAGUGCCGCGCGCAGGGCUGCCGCUGCACCGAGGCGGGCGACUACCGCUGCACGCAGCUCACCGGUGUGCUGCAGGUUGCCUACGUGGACGCCGCCACGGGGCGCCUUAUCGACACGGCUCGCCGAGACGUCCGCGCCGGCUGCGUCUGCGCCGCGCGCGCCGCGCUCCACGUGCAGGCCUACCCCGCCGGCGUCGACGUCUGAACCCUCUCUCCUACCUUACACGUCGCUGGCAGACUGAGUAGCUGUAGUACUUUAGAAACGUAAACGCGUGGCAUGACAUUUUCUCGCGCUCUCAGUCGCCUCGAGGACCGGUGCGCCUCGCCCAGUUUCGACAAUGGUCGAGGUGCACUCGGGUGAAAACACGAAGACGCGACUGGUAGCCCGAAAAAAAUUUGUUAGCCUGUAGAUGUCUCAUUGGCUGUGAGUCGAGCGAUGCUACUAAUUUAUUUUCUACCGUAUUUAUGACUUAUUUAUUGACGUCGUACCGAACAUGUAGUGGACUACUGCUAGGGCAGUCGCGUUAAGUAGUCGCAGUUUUUUCCACGACUGCUGCUCAAUAUUUAUUCCUCGUUGUUGCAUCUUUCCUUUAAUUUACAUUUCAUCGUGUACCAAUAACACAACAAACUGUUAUUUAAAAAGACCACCAGCCUAACAAAUUUAGUAAAUGUGACGUAAAUAAUUAGCUAUUGUAAUUCAACACUCUGACAACGCUACAAUUAGUAUCAUAUAAGAACUCUCACAAUAUAAAGGAAUGUUAUCAACGAGC